CUGCGGUCAAGACAACCAGGUCUUCGCCCUCGCCCACAAAACACCACGACGUUGAUUUUGGUAUUUUACAGCAGCUGCUGACGGAAACAAAAGUCAAAAUCAUGGUUUUGCUCGACCACGAAGCGUUCUUUGCCGAGCUACAGAGAUUAUUCUUCAGCGCUAGAGCCACUGGAACCGUUCGAAUGACCAUAAAGAGAUACGACGGCAGAACCAAGCCAGAGCCCAGGGAAGGCAAAGAACCAUUGCCAGCUCCCGUAGAAAAUAUGUGCCUAGUACGAGCCACUUGUCGAAGCAAGAAAAUCAGCACCGUUGUGCAUGGUCAAGAUGUGAAGAAGUUUCACCAGGUCUAUGCUUCAUUAAUGAGAGGCAGCAUGGACGCUCUAAAGAAGCAGAAGAAGCCGAAAACCAAGUCAAAAGCGGCGCACUAGAGAACUACCUGCAAUUUGCUGAGCAUCUAAAAGUGCCUCGCCACACAGACUAUAUGAAAUUUGGCAUGUGAGAUGCUGUGUUCCAAUGGUUCUCAGUGGAAUUUAUUGUUUUGCCCCUUCGCUUGGUCCAAGAAGACUCCCAAGUAAGUGGGUUCGGAUGAAUUAAUUUCUGUUGCUGCUGCCCCAUUUUUUUUACAAAAAAAUAAUCAGAAUAUUUUUUAUUCUGCCUUUAAAGUGAUUUAUUAACGUUGAACCAACAGACAAAGGUUUUUAUGCUGCGGAAUAAAAGAAAAAUUCUGAGGAAA